AUUUCGCAUUUAUAUUAUAAUAUUUAUAUUACAAAUUUAUAGUCCUUAUUAUAUUUAGGUAAUCAUCCAAGUUUCAUGUGUUUAAACAAGUAAAUAAAAAUUAAAGGGGAAAUAACAACUAAAUGACGGCAUGUACACUCACGAAGUGAUUGUGCAUCAGAACUUUGUAGAUUCCACAAAUAAGGACGUUCAUACGCAAAAUAUGGAGAAUAUGUGGAUACGGGUGAAAGAAAAUUACGACGUCAAUUUGGAACGUCAGACAAUUUAUUCGUGUCGUAUUUACACGAAUUCAUAUGAAGGAAUUCUGUGCCAAAAAACAAAAAAAGACUUCCGUUCACUUUUUGGUGGCUAUAGUGUAACAAUCAACAUGGUGUUGGGAAAAACUGAAACAGGCUAUUCCUCUUAUUCUCAAGUCUCCAUUGGACACAAGGUGGAGUGCAAGAACAGAUGCUGUAAAGACUGUUGCGGAGAAUUCCGUAAUAAAUAUGAAGAUAAUCUUAGAACUACAAUCACUAGAACCUAAAUUAUGGAAUUUUUCCAUAUAUAGGUUUAUUUUUCUAUUGGAUUGACUAGUAAUCAAAAACAGUACAUCAUCUCUAUAGAGUGCACCUUUAAUGUCUGGAAAUUCUUAAUGGAAAUGAUAUGGUAUGUAUAUACAUACUAAGUCUGUAACUCAAUCCUUGUUUUUGUUUAUAUUACUUAAGAUUUAUUUACUGAGUUCUCCCUUCCACAAUAUACGAAUAAUAAUCCUUAUUCAACUGACUUCAAAUUUGGUUACUUCUAAAAAACUAGUAAUAUCUUGAUAUCCAUUAUUAUAGCUUAAUUCUAUAUCUACGGGGUUAUUUAGGUUCUAGUGUUUGUAGCUCUAAGUUUAUCUUCAUAUUUAUUACGGAAUUCUCCUUACGAUAAAUUAACUAAACAAAGAACAUUUUUGUUAGGUAUCUCUUCAUAUUUAUUAUGGAAUUCUCCCUCUGAUAAACUAAUAAAUAAAGAACACUUUUUAUUAGUUACUUUAAACAAUUUUUUUUUAUAUCAAUAACUUUAAAUAAAUAGAAGAGUUCUUAUAUAUUACCAAUGUAAUUAUCAUUUAUAUUUUUUUACACAUUUUAUUACAGUUUCUAGAUUAAGUAAGACCCUGAUACUUAAUUUAAAUACCUAUAUAUUAUUGUAUGUUAUUGUAAUAGCAAAAGAUUGUCUUUGACCUAAACGAGUUUGGAUUAAUAUUAUUUGAGAUAUAUAGAAAUAUAUUUUGAUAGUUGUAGAUUCUACUUACUUAAUUAUUUUAUUUGUUAUAAUUUUGUUGUUUUUUAAUUGUAAUUGCUAUGUAGUUGAAAGUUAACACUCAUGCUCAUAAUUAAUACGAAUUUGAAUUAAUUUUUUUACAAUCCAGCUGUCCUUUCAAACAAAAUUUCAUCUGUCUUUAAAUUUUAGCUCUGAUGAGACUUAUAUAAGUGAAUUGAAUUGUUUAUAUAUCAAAAAAUGUACACAAGUCGAAACAAAUUGUUGACUUUUUUGGUUUUUUAAUGCUAUC